CCACAUGCCGGCGGUCGCCCUUAGCGGCUCCGGGGACCCCCCCGCCGGCGGCGCCCCCGGCCGUCCGGGGACCGCCUCCCUGGCGGUACGCUACGUGGAGAAGGUCCUCGGUGUGAAUACCGCGGCGCCCAUCGACUUCGCCGCGGCGCUGGCCUCCUCGGCCAGCUCCUCCGGGCCCUCCUUCCUCCGGCGCCGGCAAAAGAGCGAGGACAUCCGCCAGAAGGCGGUCAACAUCCUGUUCAUGCACAACCAGCACGCGCUGGCGGCCCUGCUGCAGCACGCGUCCACCGUGUCGGCUGACGCGCCGGCCGUGGCGGCCUCCGUGCACGUCCUCCUGCGCGACCCCAGCGCCACGGAGGAGCUGCUCCGGCGCCUGCUCGGCCGGCGCAUCUCCUCGGCCAUCACCGAGGCCACCGCCCGGCGGGCCUUGCACUCGGCCGAGAGCGCCUGCUCCCGGCGCGAGCAGGCCUCCGACGACUCCGAUGACGGGUCCCCGGAUGCGCACCAGCCCUCCUCCUCGCCGACCGGGCCCGAUGCCGCUGCCUUCGAUGAUGGCCUUGCCACGGAUCUCGUCAACACCCUGCGUGACAACAGCCUCACCAUCCUGCUGCUGAUCGCCUAUGCCCAGGUCGAGGGGGCCGACUUCCUGGAGGCCACCCUCGGUGACAUUGUUCGCGAGGUCAUCGCCAUGGACGACCAUCCCAGCGCCCUGCCCAAUAAGGAGGCCGACCCGGCCCGCCGGGCGCACGCCCUCCAACUCGCGGCCGACAUCAGCGAGCGCCUGCUGGCCAGCAUCUUCCGGCACUCGCUGCCCAACGGUUCGUGGGCAUGCUGCCUGCCACUGCGUCGCAUGGGCACCUUCAUCCGCAUGGCCGUCGCCUCGGCCGCCUCCGAGAGCCUCAUCCGCAUCCCGGAGCCGGAGGUGGCCCUGGACCGGCUACAGGCCGCCUCCAGUCGGCCCUCCCCGGAGCCGGAAGACCGCAUCACCCUGCCGGAGGAUGAUGCCACAUCCCCGGGCGGCCCCGGGCCCGGGGCCGCCUCCCCUCCGCCGCUGCAGCCCAUGUCCACCAGCAUGCGCGUCAUCGGGGCCUUCCUCUUCCUGCGCUUCCUCCUGCCGGCCGUGUCGAAUCCCGACCGCUUCGGCCUGGUCCCGGCCCUGGACCUGGACCACCCGGCUCGCGGGACCCUGCUCCUGGUGACCAAGGUCCUGACCAACCUCUGCAAUGGCACCCCCAUUCGGGAUGCCGCCACCCGGCCCCUCAACCGGGUGCUCUUCCGCCGCCAGGCCGAUCUCUGCGCCUGGCUGGACUUCAUGAGCACCUUCCCCGGGACCGGGGGGACCUCUCCGCGGGGGGCCAGCCCCCCGGUGGCCGGACCCAGCGUCCCCCCGCCGGCCGGGCUCCGGCUCUCGGCGUGCCACCUCUUCGGCGACCGCCAAUACUCGGCCACCGUCAUCAAUCUGGCCGUCGACAAGCUGUGCGACUUUGUCCGGAUCAGCUCCAGCCGCAUCCGCGCCCAGGUCGAGACCACCGACCAUCACCAUGCCAUUCGCCGGCAAAUCCAGAAGCUCAUCCCCCCGGUGCCGGCGGCCACCACGCCCACCGCCACCGCCACCGCCACCGCCACCUCCAGUGCCGGCGCCGGCACCAGUGCCACCACCCCAACCACCGGCACCGGUGCCACCACCACCACAGCCACCGGCACUGGUGGCACCGCCGCCGGCGGCGAUGGGGUCUCCGCCUCCGAGCCGGCCGGCGGUGCCAGCCAGGCGACUCUGCCGGCGGCCGCCGCCUCCGACGAGGCCAUCGAGCAGCGCCGGGCCCUCCGGCUGGAGGUCCUGGCCCGGGCCCAUGCGGCCGAUCGCCGGGUCCAUUCGAUCCGCGGCAUGUCCGGCUCCGAUGGGGCCACCCUCCACGGGGACCAGGUCAUCCUGGACCAGGAGGUGGCCAGCAAAUUCCGCGAGCUCCUCAAAGUCCUGGACACCGAGAAGACCGAAACCCGUGACGAGCGCAAGGCCGCCCGCAGCAUGGCCCGCGAGCACCGCCGGGCCGAGCGCAAUCUCCGCCGCAUUGGCCGGUCGCUGGCCGACUCGACCGAUGAUGUGUCCUCCGGCUCCGGCUCCUUGGCAGGCGGCGACUCGGGCAAGCACGGCCACCCGGCCGGCGGGGCCGGCGGCGGCGGCGGCUCGGACGCCGGCGAUGCGGCCCCCGGGGUGGUGGCCACCUCCGACGGCGGCGGCGGCAGCAGCAGCAGCAGUACCUCCUUCUGGCCCUUCUCCAGUGCCAGCUCCUCCUCGUCCUUCGUUUCGUCCUCCUCCUCUUCGUCCAUGGUGCAGUCCUCCUUCCUGUCCAUCUCCUCGCCCUCCCUGCGGCCGAGUGCCAUCCGCACUGCCAGCUCCUCCUCGUCCUUCGUUUCGUCCUCCUCCUCUUCGUCCAUGGUGCAGUCCUCCUUCCUGUCCAUCUCCUCGCCCUCCCUGCGGCCGAGUGCCAUCCGCACGUCCACCUCGGUGGGCAACUUGUCCGACGUGGCGGCCGAGGCCGGCCCCACAUCGGCCCCGCCGCCCGCCUCCGGACGGCCCGCCCCCGGGCCCGCCUCCUCGAUGUGCUCCUGCUCCCUGGGCGAGGUGCGCGCCCCGUGCCAGGGCUGCACCGGCGGCGGCAGCAGCAGCAUUGGCACCCCCUCCAAGUCGCCGGGCACCACCGCCGGCAGCGGCAGCGGCAAGCCGGCCGCCACGUCGCGCUUUUUGCCGAUGUUCUUCCAGAACACCGCCAGCAGCCAGGCCACCGGGCUCGCGUCGCCCAGCACCAGCACCGGCACCGGCACCGGCACCGGCGGCCCGACCGCCGGCCAUGGGGACAUCCCGGCCGCCGGGGCCAUCAAGAAGAGCCGCUCAACCGGGGCCAUUGCCGACCACCUGGCCGAGCCGGCCCCCACCAUGUCCCCGGCUCAGCAGCAGCGCCUGGCGCAAAAUGCCCGGGCCCUGCGCGCCGACACCCAUGCCCCUCUGGACGGGUCGAGCGCCGCCGGGGCCGGGCUCCCGCCGGUUCCCCCUUCCCCCUCGGCCUCGCGCUUCCUGCCCGGCGGCGCGCGCUUCCCCCGGCUCGGGGCCGCCUCGUCCACCGGCGGGACCAUCCGUCGGUCGACCUCCUCGCAGCUUGGCCUCUCGGCCAUGGACAUCCAGGAGGCCUCCCUGUCGUUGACCCGUGCCGGGGCCGAUGGCGUGGUUCGUCUGUCGCCGCUGCUGUCGCCGGCCGACGUGCCGGCCGGUGCCCGGUCCGACAUGUACCUGGCCCCGCUGCCCACCUCCCCGGCGGAUGUGGGGUCGGCUGCCGGGGCCGGCGGGCGCCCGCCCGGCCGGCUGUCCACCUCGGUCUCGCUGCAGGCCCACUCCAUCAGCGACAUGCUGCACGCGGAGAUCUCGGCCCAGCGUGCGGCGGCCCUGCAGCAGCGGGCUCAGCAGCGCGCCGCCCGCCGCCGGCUUCCCUCCUCCCAGUCGCUCCUGUCGUCGGGGGUGUCCGAUUCGGACAGCGGCUUCUCCGACCUGUCGGACUUCUCCGACGAGGGGGAGGAGGAGGGGGAGGAGGAGGAGGGGGGGGAGCAGGACCACCACCAUCUGGCCGGUGGCCCCCGGGGCGGUCGGUCUGCCAGCCGCACGGCCGGCCCCGGUGGCCGGUCUCUGGCCGAGCGCCGCGUGGCCGGGGCCCGGCUCCCGCGCGUGGCCACCGGCGGCGCGCACUUCACCUCCGACUCCAGCUGCCUGUCCUCCUCGGCUUCCAGCUCGUCCUACUCCUCGGAUGACAGCGGCAGCGACACCGACAGCGGCAGCGACACCGACGAUGGCGGCCCUCGCCACCGCAGGCGCCCGGCCGCGGCCCCGGCCGCGGCCCCGGCCACUGGCCCCGGCACGGCGGCAGCCCCGGCCGCCGGGCCCCUUCCCGGCUCCUUCACCCAGAUCCUGUCGCCCGACACGCCGGGGGCCUCCACCACCGGGCCCGGGGGCUCCUCCUCCGGGGCCUUCAGCCCCCCGUCGGCGGUGGAGUGUGGCUCCGACUCGGACACCGGGUUCCUGCUGGUCGGGGUGCCGGCCUCGCCGGCCGCCGCCACGGCCCCGUCGUCGGUCACCCCGCGGACGCGGCUCUUCCGGCGCCAGUCCUCGGCCGGGCCGCCGUCGGCCACCGGCGACGCCCCCUCCGGCGACUCGUCCUCCUCCUCCUCGUCCUCCUCCUCCUCCUCCUCCACUCCAUCGCGGCUCCUGCGCCGGUCGACCAUGAUGCUCAAGGGGAUCUCCUUCGGGGCGGUGGGCGCCGGCGGGGCCGGCAGUGAGUCGGCCGCGGGCUCCGGCUCGGCCGGGUCCGUGGGGGGAGCCGGGUCGCCAGGCGGGUCGCUGGCCGCCGGCACCGGCCCCGGUGCGGCCAUGACCAUCGACGGCCCGGUGCUCACCUCCUCCACGGCCUCAUUGAGUGUCUACCAGUCGCUGAUGACGGCCGGGCCGCACCAGGACACGAGCUCCUCCUCGGCCACGGCCACGGCCACGGCCACGGCCGCCGCCGGGCUGCCGGUAUCCGCCUCGUGCCACUCCCUGUCGGCCAUCGAUGGGGGCGGUGUCCCGAGCACCGGCGGCGGCGGAGGCGGUGGGAGCGGCGCCGCUGGCGGGUCCCCCUCGCACCUCCCCUCGCCGUUGGGCGGGGCCACCGGCGCUGGCGCUGGUGGCACUCUCCGUUCGCGGCGCUCCUCCACCGGGGGCCUGAUCGGGGUCUUCCCGUGGGCGUCGGCCUCGGCCUCGCCCUCGGCGGGCUCCUCCUCGCUGGGGCCCGGGCCGGAGGGUGAUGCCGAUCGGCUGGGCUCCCCGCCCUCGGCCGGGGCCGGCCCCAGCCCCGGUGGCAUCCCCUCCUCCGGGCCCCUGCUGGCGCAGCUUCACACCCCGGCGACCGGGCGUGGUCAUGCUCACGGCCACGGCCACGGCCACGGCCACGGCCACGGCCACGGCCACGGCGGCGCCGAGGGCGGCGACGGGUCUUUCCCUGGCCCGGGCCAGCACUCGGGCUCCAUGACGGAUGUCAGCUCGGCGGGUCCGGCCACGCCGGCCACGCCGGCCACGCCGACCGCCGGGGGCACGGGCUUUUCCUCGUCCUCCUCGUCCUCCUCGUCUUCGCUGGCCACCGGCGGCGGCGGCGGGGCCCGCUGGGUCAGCAAUGUCACGCCGUACCUCAAUGCGGCUGGGCUCCUCUUCCGGGGGAACCCCAUCGACCCGCACACGCUGCCGCUCUUUGUGGAGCCGGUGUUCAAUGCCAUCUGGGAGUACCUGGUCCGGGGGCUGGUGGGCUUCCUGCUGGACAGCCGCCGGCCCUUCCCCCUGACGGUGGAGGUGGCCGACGUGCAGACGGUCCUCGGCCGGCGCCUGGUGCCGGAGCUCCAUGCGGAUGCCUUUGCCCCGGCGGCCGGCGGCUUUUCCGGGGCCAUCUUCGCCGAGGCCGCCAUCGCCGAGGACUUCGACCGGCUGGUGGCCACCGUCCACGAGAUCCGCGGGUACUGCGGGAUCUUGCGCGUGUUCUGGGCCCCCGGGGCCCUGGCCGCCCUGACCCAGGUGGCCAAUGCGCUGGUCGACUCGAACAAGAUCCUUCGCCAGUCCAAGCACCCCCGACACACGGUGGCCGAGGUGACCGGCGGCUUCUUCAACCACCUGGGCCUGUCGAUGCAGCUCAUUCGCGUGCAGGAUCACGCCCUGGCUGGGCACUCCAUGUUCGCCGCGCCGCUGGGAGCCGGCAUCGGAGACAUGAUCGAGGUCACUCGGCGGACACUGGCCUCGGACGGGCCGUCGCCCGGGCCGUCGCCCGGCGGCUGGGCCGCCGGGUCUGCCGGCUCCCCGGCCAGCGCCGGGCCCACCCCCGACGAGGUGACCGUCGCCCCGGCCCCGGCCAAGAAGCGCGGCGUCACGCGCUUCGUGGCCAACCUCCGCGGCGGCAGCAGCAGCAGCAGCAGCAGCAACACCAACCUCGCUGGGUCCUCCUCGUCCUCCUCCUCCUCCUCGGCGGCCACUCCCGCUUCGGCCGGCGCGUCGCCCGCCGGCGGGGUGGCCCUCUCGCCGCCGCCGUUCUCCUCGUCGGCCGCCGGUGCCGGGUCCAAGGGCGGCCCCCUGCCACCCUCCAGUUCCAUGCCCUCCUUCAGUAUGUUCCACUCGCGGAGUGGCAGCCGUGGCGACAUGGGCGCCAGCGCCGGGGCCACAGCCACCGCGGGCGGCCGUGCCAUCGGCGGCGAUGACCCCGGCGCAGCCGGCCCCACCAUCAUCCUCACCGCCGGGUCCGGCUCGUCGGGCGCCGGUGCCGGGCUUUCGCUCGGCUCCGCGUCGUCCCUCUCCUCGCCGGAUCUCAGCUCGCUGGCCAUCGGCUCGGCCUCCUCCUCGGCCUCUUCCUCGCCCUACAGCGGUCUGACCGCCGGCGGCGAUGUGUCCACUCCGCUGACCCCCUCGGCGCCGUUCUCCCCCCCGGGGCCCGGGGCGGCCGCGCCGUCCCCCUCCUUCCUGCCGCAGCGGCGCAUGUCCGGAGGCCGGCCGCUGGACUUUGACCGUGGCACCUGCAUGGGUCCCUUCGAGAACCCGGACUACCUGGUCAAGUACCACUCCGGCGCCAUCGCCGCCUCGACCGCCAAGCCGACCAAGUCCCGCCGUGGCCUGCCCUUCGGUUUGUGA